GUGACUUUCGUUCCUUCGCAAGACAACUGCAUCUUUGUCGUCAACGAACAACUGAAUUGUGGGAAACUUGUCCAUCCUGUUUUAAACAGACCAGCGACCAAAGCACCAGCAGCCGAGAAGAAAGAACGUCCAACCAGCACCAUGAGCGAAGCGUCGAACUACACGGGCGGCUCAGACUAUACCACACAUCCCAGCAGCCCCACAACCAGACUCUCCAGGUCCUCAAAGAAAGUCCACAACUUUGGCAAAAGGUCCAACUCCAUCAAGAGGAACCCCAAUGCCCCGGUGGUGAAAAACGGCUGGCUUUACAAACAGGACAGCACUGGAAUGAAGAUGUGGAAGAAGAGAUGGUUUGUUCUGUCUGACAUGUGUCUCUUCUACUAUAGAGAUGAGAAGGAAGAGGGAAUCUUGGGAAGUAUCCUCCUGCCCAGCUUCCACAUCUCCAUGCUGUCUGUGGAUGACCACAUAACCAGGAAAUACGCCUUCAAGGCGACGCAUCCAAACAUGCGGACGUACUAUUUCAGCACUGACACAGCCAAAGAUAUGGAGUCCUGGAUGAAGGUUAUGACGGAUGCAGCAUUGGUCCACUCUGAGCCAAUCAGAAGGCUUGAGAAGGUGAAGGUGGACUCACGAAGCCCUCAGGAGAUGAACAACAUGCUGAAUCACAGAGUCUUAACCCGACCCGAGAUCCAAAACAACGAGAGAAACCGCGAGACGCUCCGCCAGGAGGAGAAGAAACAGAAAGCCGUGGACAAGCAGAAAGAGAAAGACAGCAGGGUAAGCGUGCAGAAAGAUGGAGAGCGAUACACCCUCCAGAGGGACGCCGACAACUACACUCUGCACUCAGAUGCUCAGAGACUCGCUCUGCAGAAAGACGGAGACCGAUACAUGCUGCAGAAGGACGUGGAGAAAUAUGUCCUGCAGAAAGACGGAGAGAAAUACGCCGUCCACAAAGACGGAGAGAAGUACCUGCUGCAGAAGGAUGGCCAGAAAUACACGCUACACAAAGACGGAGACAAGUUCACGCUUCAGAGGGAAGGCGAAAAAUACGGUCCCCCGAAAGACGGCGAGAAGAUCCUGCAAAGAGAGACGAGGUACCCUCAUGGAGACAAACACAUGCAGCAGAAAGACCCGGAGAAACCCGUCCCGCCGCCGCGGGAGGGUGAGAAAUACGGCUUCCAGAAAGAGGGCGCUGUGGAGCGGCCGCUCACCAAGAUCAACAGCAUCAAACUCCAGCCGGCUCAAGCGGCGGCCAUCGCUGCGGCCGUCUCAGCCUCCAAACAGCUCCAGAGUGCAGCGGGAUCCAGGCAGUACAAGCCGGCCCAGGUCAACGGUUCUGGGGAACGAGGAGGAGACAGAAGCCCUGGAGACAUGAGCAACACGAUGCCCCAGAGGACGUCGGUGCCGCCACAGCCGGCAGAACCAGAGCGAACUCUGAGCAGAACCAACUCCAUGCAGCAGCUGGAGCAGUGGGUCCGUACGCACCGCACACGGGCCCCGGAUGAUGACACCAGGAGCAUGCAUUAAGUCCUACAUAAAAAAACAUUGCCGCGAAACAUGCCGAGCCACCGUGCACAGAUCGUCCCACGCUAUCCCGAGGGCUACCGGACGCUCCCACGUAACAUGCUGCGGCCAGACAGCAUCUGCAGUGUUGCGGGUGUUGCGGGGUCGAUGUACGACCGGGCGCUGCAGCCCACGACUGCAGAGAAGCGGCGCUCCAUACGGGACGACACCAUGUGGCAGCUGUACGAGUGGAUGGGGUGGGGGUCGCUGAGCAGGAUCGAAACCAUGGGCCAGAUUGCCGAGUCCAUCCCCACGUCCCCUUCCCACGGGUCUCUGGCCGGUUACCACACCUUCUCCCCUAAUCGCCCCCUCAACCCGGAUUCCUGCUCUGAAGUUUCCUCGCCGGUGUUUCGUGGGGACGUGACGAUUGAACGCCGCCACCGGCCGCACCUCUCCAAGUACUCCUUUCCUGCCGAGCGCAGGCCUGUUCCUCCCGCACAGAGCAUCACUGCACAGUCUCUGCAAGGCAAAACGCCAGAGGAACUGACCCUGCUGCUCAUCAAGCUCCGGCGGCAGCAGGCCGAGCUCAACAGCCUCCGCGAGCACACGCUCGCUCAGCUAAUGCAGCUAAACCUCGAUGCUGCCAACCCAAAGAGUGAAAUCCUUUCCCAUCACCUACAGAGGAAUCUCAUGUACUUGGACAGCCAGAUGAAGGAGAAUGAGCCAGUAAUCUUCAUGAUUCACACUAUGAUUGAGAACUCUGCGCCAAGGCCGCAACUGUACCAGCAAAUGAGUCCUGAAGAGUACAGAGAAAACACCUACUUAUACAGACCCGAGGAGCUGGACAUCGAUGCGAAGUUAAGUCGACUGUGCGAGCAGGAUAAAGUGGUGAGAAAUCAAGCAGAGAAACUGCAGCAGCUCCACAGAGAAAAGCACACGCUGGAGACGGCCUUGCUGUCGGCCAGUCAGGAGAUCGAGAUGAGCGCCGAAAACCCUGCGGCGGUGCAGAGCGUCAUCCAGCAGCGGGACGUCCUGCAGAGCGGCCUGCUCAGCACCUGCAGAGAGGUGUCACGUGUCAGCUCCGAGCUGGAGCGGAGCUGGAGGGAGUACGAUCGGCUGGAGGCAGACGCCACAAUGGCCAAAACAAACCUACUGGAGCAGCUCGAGGCCCUCGGGAGCCCACAGACGGAGCCGCCCAGCCAAAAACACGUCCAGAUCCAGAAGGAGUUGUGGAGGAUUCAGGAUGUGAUGGAGGCGCUGAACAAGAACAAACCCAAGAGAAACGCAGAACCCAGUUUUCCUGGUGCAAACCCGCUGUCAAACCUGCAUAAAAGUGAAGGGCCUGAUUACAGACUGUAUAAGAGCGAGCCGGAGCUCACCACCGUAGCCGAGGUCGACGAGAGCAACGGCGAAGACAAAUCUGAGCAGACGGCAGAGAAAGAGUCGCCCGGCGUCACCAAAGGUGUAGGUUACCCCGUCGGAGUGGUCAGUCCCAGGACUAAAUCACCCAUGCCUGAAUCCUCCACCAUCGCCUCUUAUGUCACCUUGAGGAAGAGCAAGAAACCUGAUCCCAGAACAUCCCAGCCGCAGGACCGUCCGCGCAGUGCGGUGGAGCACAUGAGCAGCGCUGUAGAGGUGGGCCGAACACGCAUGAGUGUGGAGGAGCAGAUGGAGCGCAUCAGGAAGCACCAGCAGGGGGCGCUGCGUGAACGAAGACGAGAGGACGGGUCGCUGUCCCGCAGCCUCUCCUUCACCAAAGACAACCUCUACUACACCCUACAGGUACUGGAGUUUAUGAGCUUAAAAAUACACCGGCCAGCUUACACUUUCUGCAAUUUAAAUAUAUGAUACACUUUAUAUAUA